GCGGGACAGGACUCGCACCCGGAGACCGCGGCGAAGAAAUAUCUGUUGCUAAAAGUGAAGGUGCGACAACAAGGAGAAUUUCUGAAAAGAACAACAACAACAAGAGCCGUGGUCUAUCUGCCUCAUCGAAUACACCUCGACAACCUCUAUCGAGGAGAGCAACUCCAUCAGUUCUUGCAGUGUCCUCCUCCUCUGCCUCAAGCCGAACUCCUACCAGUACGAUCAGGAGGACUCCGAGGACCACAUCAAAUAGAGGCACAGUCGAGCCAGAGUCAACUACUAGAACUGAUCAUGAGAGGGGCGCUAGUGCUAGAGGAUAAGCCAGCA